CCUGCCCGGGAUCCCCGCCUGGCACCUUCCUGAGCCUCGCGCUCCAGGGGAUUGAAGAGCCCAGGGGGGACAGCGGGGAGCGAGCCCCGCCCAGUCCCACGAGAGAACGGGACUACAGCUCCCAGCAUGCACCGCGGCAGGAUGGCCGCCCGCCCUAUUGUAUUCUGAAGGAGGAAUAUGUCCCCCAACGUGUACCGCGGCCGGAGCCGAUCCCGGGACUACAACUCCCGGCAUGCAGCGAGGCAGGCGCAUGCGCUGAGCGGGGCUCCGGAAGUUAGCUGCCCGUGCGGCCGGGGCCGCCAUGAAUCUGGAGCGGGUCCCCAACGAGGAGAAGCUCAACCUGUGCCGGAAAUACUACCUGGAUGUCCAGCGUUCGGCCGUGGGGCUGCUGUUCUGGGUGGUCGUGCUGACCACAUGGGUCACCAUCUUCCAGACACACCGGGCCCGCUGGGGCGAGCUGGGCGACUACCUGUCCUUCACCAUUCCGCUAGGCAUCCCCUGAUGGCACCCCGCUCAGAGGGCAUCCAGGGGGCGCCCUCCAGCUGGGACCAGCGGGGGUCACGUUCCUGCCAGAGCUGCUGUUCCUGGCCGGGGUUGCCAGUCCUCCACAUGCCCGGUUCUGCCCCGUGAUCCCAGUUGGGCUGCACCCCCUGCUCCAGGAGAAUCAAUAAAGCUGAGGCCCGUUUCACCCUG